AUGCCGCCUCGCCGCCGUGGAGCUGCUCCGGCGCAGUCCACUCUCUCGUUCGGCUCCCAGUCCCGAGUGACGAAGCCUGCAACCGGCCCGACCAGUCUCAGCAAGACCAAGAACCUAGAGUCCUCGAUCGCGCGGUCAGACAAAUCUGCCUCUGGCACUCCUGAGCCCCAGCAGAUCCUUGCAUCUGCCCCCUCCGCUCCCCACGUUGCUGAGCUAGCGGUCCGACAGCAGGCAGCCGCAGAGCACCAGGAACCCCUGUCAGCAGAAGACAAGAAAGCGCUGGAUCUGAGCUUGAAAGAUAUCCAACGCUACUGGAAGGAUGUGGAGAAGGGCCGCAAAGCCUUACGAGUCCACCAGCAAGAUCUCAGUCUGGAAGAAAAAAUUCUCCGUAAUUUCGAUCUCUCUAGUCAAUAUGGGCCUUGCAUAGGUAUUGCUCGAAUCAAGCGUUGGCGACGUGCGAACGCGUUGAACCUCAACCCCCCUCUCGAGGUACUCGCUGUCCUCCUCAAAGGCGAGGAUGUGAAAGAGCGAGCCUAUAUUGACUACUUACUCUCGUGA